GGUAUUAGUGGUUCGAACUAUUACUAUAAUGUGCACGAAUAAAAAGGUUUCAAUAUUCUCACGCGCGCGUGGACGUUUCUCGAUACUCAUCCGUCGAUCUCCACAAUCUUCAGAUCAGGAACUCUAUUCCUCCAGGGUUCACACCGGCCAAUUUCAGAUCAAAUCCAAUCCCUCUUUCAGAUUCAAGUUCGGAGAUUGAUACUUAAUCAUGUCAACCGCCGUUGUCCUUACGCGUUCUAGCUCCUGGGCUCGCGCUCUCAUCAACAUCUCUCCCUACACUUUCUCCGCCAUCGGUAUCGCCAUCGCCAUCGGAGUUUCCGUCCUCGGCGCCGCCUGGGGGAUUUACAUCACGGGAAGCAGUUUGAUUGGUGCGGCGAUCAAAGCUCCUCGUAUUACUUCCAAGAACUUGAUUAGUGUAAUUUUCUGUGAAGCUGUUGCUAUAUACGGUGUCAUUGUUGCCAUUAUCUUACAGACCAAGUUAGAGAGUGUGUCAGCAUCUCAGAUAUAUGCUCCCGAGUCUCUAAGAGCAGGAUACGCAAUUUUUGCUUCUGGAAUCAUAGUUGGCUUUGCAAACCUUGUUUGCGGGCUGUGUGUGGGAAUCAUUGGAAGCAGCUGUGCAUUAUCAGAUGCCCAGAACUCCUCCCUUUUUGUGAAAAUUCUUGUAAUCGAGAUCUUCGGCAGUGCACUUGGGUUGUUCGGAGUAAUUGUUGGGAUAAUUAUGUCAGCUCAAGCCUCUUGGCCUGCAAAGAGAGGUUAAUGAUAUGCCUCUUGAAUUUUGAACACGACGAGAUGUUAAUGUUCAAUUACGAUGGGAAGGGUAACUUGUUUUUCUACUCUUGAGCUCUGUACUUUACCCCCUUCGAUAGAUAAUGAUAUUCUUCUUGUAAAAGCUAGAGUGGGAAGUUUGUAUGCAUCUUUUAAUUGUCUGGGUUUCGAUCCUCUUCCCUUGGGAAACCAUUUCUUCAUUCUGAUGUUGGUUUUAAAUAUUCUUCUUUUUGCCUUCUUUUUUUAUGGGAAAACGUCUUUAUAUAUUGUUCUGGUUAUUUGAAAAUACUGGAAAUAUUCAAUAAGAGGAAGCCAAUGUAGUAGGAUUGCUUCCUUUUCUAGACGUGUGUAACAUAAUUUCUUGCAAUUUACUUCUUGAAUCUUUGUUGAACCAGUGAUA